AGUUUUUGUUAAAUUGGCCAAAAAGAUAAACAUUGUUAGCAUCUUUUGACAUGUUCAGUUUUUGGUAAGAAUAUUAUUCUUUAAAGUUAUACUCGAUUGAGUGUUUGGUAUGUGCCAAAAAAAUCUGUAUUUGUGGCAAGCCUGCUUCGGUGAGAGCGGGCCAGAGAGAGAGAGGGAGACCUUCCCGGAAACAAAAGAAUCGCGCGCUCGGCGACGUGUGUCCUUUCCGAUGAGCGCGGACGGUUCGUCGUCCGUUCGAAAGUGACGACGAAGGGAAUCGCCGAGGCAGUUUUGAAGGGAAAAAAGAAAAUCAAUAAAUUUCAUUCAAGGUUAUUCACAUCGGGCCAGGCAGUUGAAAUAAAUUUCGGCCGAGGCGAGAAUAACAACAACAGAGGCCGGAAAGCGACAAUCCGGAAGUGUACACUCGCUAUUGAGGAAGAAAUAAUCUGGGACAACAAAUAACAAAGCCAAAGCCUCAGGACCCGACAAUCUGACCAAACCCGAAGUAGAGAUCUAAGAAUUCUUGGCGUGUUUUUCAACGUCGACAAAUCGGGCCGCUAUCUUUUGGGACAAAUCAGCCGACGUGACAACAAUUCUUGCUGGGAAAUAAAUUGGACAAGGUCCAGGACGAUUCUCCCAUCCCGUGGACUGGGACAAAAACAAGUCAGCCCAGAAACGUCUGGAUGAAAAAUGUAGAUUUAAUUUCGGUUGGCGUCGUCGUAUUUUGGGUGUGAAGAUUUUUCACUGCCCCCGGGGCCGGAGGACAAAAGCAGGUCAAAUUCAAAUUUUGCUUGGCGUGCACUCACGGAACACGGAGCAGCAGUACUGGGCGGGGGGCUCUGGUGCAUGUUGACCCUCUGAAGGCUCGAUUUGGUUUGCAGAAAUCGGUCGAUUUGGUGCACAGGAGAGAGAGAAAGGACAAGGUGGUUCGAGAAUGGCUGCAAGAAAUGGCGUGGCCCGUCGUCGUCGGUAGUUUUGCGCGUGAUUCCGUGUGAAUUCCGAGAAGAGUUUCGAGUUCUGCAGGAAGUUUUUUCUAAGGGAUCAAGAGUGCGUUUUUUUGUGACCAAAUUUAGGCGCAGCGAAAAGUGAAAAAAAUAAAAAGAAUGAAAUCGUCAAGUAUGGCCUCAAAGUGUUCCGGGGUUGUUCGGUGGUUCGGAUGGUGGGCAGUGAUGGCCACCAGUUGGAUCACCCAGGGGAUGGUGGUGGAGGCGUCACAGUGGGAUCACAUAGUGGAUUUCGAUCCCAACUAUCGGUUGCUGUGGACUUCCAACGCGCAGGAUAUUACGUUCGAGAUCCAGGCCCGAACGCUGGGCUGGGUCGGGGUGGGAUUCUCCCACGACGGGACGCUGGCCGAUUCGGAUGUGGCGAUCGGGUGGAUCGACCAGGGGCACGUGUACUUUCAGGAUCGGCACAUCCGGGCGGAAAGUGACGGCGACCCGAUCGUGGAUCCCUCCCAGGACUACACGCUGCUGCUGGGGUACGAAAACGUAACGCACACCGUGAUCCGGUUCAAGCGGAACCUGGAGACGUGCGACAGCAAGGACGAUUUCGCGAUUACGAACGACACCAUGCGGGUGAUAUUUAUGUACUCGCGCGAAAAGCCGGCCAAGGGGUCGACCCUGCCGGGGACGCUCCCGGGGCCACUGGAGGCGUUCAAGGGGUCACGGUCGGUGUUUCUGACGCAGCGCACCAACCAGCACGCGCUGCCCAACUCGGCCAGCCUGGGCAUCCUGGAGCUGCGCAACGAGGACGUCGAGCUGCCCGAGAGCGACGAGAGUCUGUACUGGUGCAAGAUCUUCAAGCUGGACGACUUCCACCAGAAGCAUCACCUCGUGAGGUACGAACCGGUGUUCGACUCCUCGACCAGCGUGCUGUACCUGAACCACAUGCUGCUGUACGAGUGCCAGGGCCUGUCGGACGAGCUGGAGAACCUGUCGCGGCAGCGUGGCCAGCCGUGCUUCCAGCUGCAGUCGAUGCACUGCAACACCGUCGUCGCCAACUGGGCACGUGGAUCGGAUGGUUUUAGCUUCCCGCAGGAGACUGGUUAUCCGCUGGAUUCGCACCAGGCCACGUACUACAUGCUGGAGACUCACUACAACAAUCCGGACUACUCGUACGACUUUACCUCGUACUACCGGAAGAAUUUGAGCAAGCAACAGCGCAACAUGAACAUUCACGGUCACUCUGAGGAUGACGAGGAGGAGGAGGAAGAGGAAUCUGUGGAGGAUCAACCUCCGGUUGCGGACUAUGAGGAUGGAGCGGCUGGGGCCGCUGAACAGCAGGUGGUUGACAAUUCCGGCCUUAAGCUGUACUACACGCAGACGUUGCGCAAGUUUGACGCCGGAGUGCUGUCAGUUGGGUUGGAUCCCAACUGGCGCCACAUCAUCCCACCAGGCCAGCAGAAGGUUGUUUCUGAGGGUCACUGCAUCGGGGCCUGUACCGAGCGCGGGUUCCCCCGGGAUGGCAUCAACAUCUUUGCCGUGAUGACCAGAACGCAUCUCAUUGGACGGCAGGUCAAGCUGCGACAGAUUCGCGGCAACGAGGAACUUCAACCGAUCGUGCACGACACCAACAUCGAUCCGAGCUAUCAGGACUACCGCCGGCUUCCGGCCCCGGUAAAAGCCCUCCCCGGGGACAGUCUCAUCGCGGAGUGUAUCUAUGACAGCUCGUCGCGAAAAUCCAUCACACUGGGUGGCAUGACAACACGGGAGGAAAUCUGCCUGGUGCUCACCCUUUACUACCCACGCCAGAAGGAGCUGACGUCCUGCCACUCGCUGCCGAGCCUGCCGACGGUGCUGCACUCGCUGGGGAUUCAGGAGCUGGCUUCCGGCACCAACCCGGUCGUGAUCGCGUCCCCGCCGGAGCUGGCCGGGAUGACGCUGGAGAAGCGGCUCACCUCGUACGACUGGGCGAACCAGUUCGAGAGCUUCCAGUACGUGACCCGGCGGGGUUCCUUCAAGCCGCUGUGCUGGACGCCCAACAACAGUAUGCUGCCGGGCAUCGAGAUGGAAUCGUUCGGCAGUAACAUCACGCGCCACUGGCGGCCCGCGAACCGGUGCCGCAACAUUCACACCAACAUGGUGACGGAACCGAUGCAGGACGGCGGAAACAUGAUCGACAUGCCCGCGAUGGACGACCACGAGUCGACGAACAUGAUCGGCACCGGUGGGGGCGGCUCCACGUCCACGGACACUGACCUCAAGGCCAAAGUGGCGGCCCGGCCGGGUGUGGGCUCGAAUCGCCCCACGAGUACGAUGGGUCACAGCGGUGGAGCGGGGGUUGGUUCGAGGUGGUCAGUGGUGGGCACGGUGGCGAUGGUGGCCACAGCCAGCAUUGUAAUCGGAUUAAAUUAAUUAAAAUAGGAAUAAACCCUUUGGAUGUUUUUUUUUUUUUGGGUGAGAGAUGAAGCUGGAACCGGUUCUGGAGUGUCCGUGUUCGUAUGGGAAAACAGAAUAUUGCCCCGGGGAUUAGUUCGAAAGUGGGAAAAAAUAAUUAAAUCUACAAGUUGUAACCGAGAAGCACGGUGUGCCGCAAUCAUUUUGAAAUAUCAUGCGAUGAUUUUUUGUGUUUUUAUUUAUCAAACAGUUUUUUUUAUUUCAAACAACUAGAUUUUUCAAAUAAAAUUAUGAUUUGAUCAAAUUUCAAAGCUUAUUAAGACAAAACAAAAAUCUACAUUCCAGAACACCGCGCAGAGGUGUUCCCCAAACAAUGUCCAGUUCUAGCAAGCAACACAAAAAAAUAUUAGCAAAACCGGCCCAAAAAUGUUUUGUACAGGUCUGCAUUUGGGAAAUGGUGCGGAAAAUCGAGAAAGCAAUAACUUCCCCAAAACGAAUAAACCAAAAACAGUCCGAGUUUUGGGAGGCCCCAAACCACCCAAAACUUCGGGUUGGAUUAAAAACUCAAACCAACUCGGCAAAUUAAAAUUUGUUGUAAAAACCGUGAAUAUUAGGACACGUUCCCGUUAUGGUGUACAUACUAUUUUUCGAGAAGGAUGUUGCGCGGCGAAAGGGAGAAAGGGAAAGCAAGCACAUUUUAUAAAACAAAAAAACGUGGAAAGGUAGGAUAAGCUCAACAGCAUUGCAAACGCGUAGAUUAACAUUCAUGCCUCCCCACCCCCU